AAAGUGCCAUUGAAAUACUGCUGAAAGACAUAGAGUGAAAGUUGUCGGCCCGAUGUCGAAUCAUAAAACGUGCAGUUUCGGCAUUUUGCUAAUUUAUCUAGUUCUAUACAACUAUUUUCCACACAUUACUGCCACAAAUAUAACGAUCGCCGAUCAAGUUCCGUCAUUAACGAAAAGCACCAUAACCAAGAAGAUCAUCGGCGGUGAUUUCGUAGCGUUACGGGGCGCACCGUUUAUGGUGAAUCUUCGUCGGGAUGACGAAUUUAUAUGCGGUGGCACUUUAUUGCGUCACAAUUGUGUGCUUACUGCUGCCCACUGUGUCGUCGGCACGUCUGCCUCUCGCCUCGACAUACAAGCCGGUUCAACGCUACUCUCGAACAGUAGCCAAAGGUCCGCUGUGCAGUCCAUUUUCAUACCGAGGCAGUACAGGAAAAAAACGAACAAUUUUGAUGUAGCCAUUUUGCGUUUGGACACAUCUUUGACGGGUCAGCGUGUGCAAUUGGUGAAGCUCAGUAAUGCCUUUGUGAGACCGGGACAGCGUGCACGUGUUUAUGGUUGGGGUAACCGGCGUGAGGAUGGUAGGAGUGCUGUGGGUUUGCGCGCCGCUGUAGUGCGUGUCAUUAGACGGAGCAAGUGCAAUCGCGAGUAUCGGCAAGACGGUGAAGACGAUUUAAGUAGAACAAUGUUUUGCGCUUCCUUGCCGGGCAUAAAUGAUUCCUGUGCAGGCGAUUCUGGUGGUCCAUUAAUGUUUCGCGGUCGACAGUAUGGCAUCGUUUCGUGGGGUACUGGCUGCGGUCGUGCGAACUAUCCUGGUGUCUAUACGAGCAUUAGAGCUGUGCAACCGUGGAUUAAUCGAAUUGUGGCACAACAUUGUCAAUAGGAAUUAAUUAUUUGCUAUUAAAAUAUAUUAUCCUUUGAAUUAAGACUUUUAUUUUAGAAUUACUUCAUGAAAUAUGGCA